CUCAAGACCUCACACAAAAGUCUCAAUCUUACGCCAGAAUUCCUCUCACACCCGUGUCAUUCUUCUCCUUUCCCAUCCUCGCUCUCCCACUUGGCUCGAGAGAUGGCUCUUUGAGCGUUUGCCAGAACGAGCACGCCGUCUGCACGUUUCGCCUGCCGCUCGCGAAACACGCCUUUUUGAUGCUUGAGGCUUGCGUGCCUCGCUCGCGUGUCAACAUUGUAUCGACCCAUCAGAAGACCACAUCCUCGGUCAAUUGAGCGCCAUGGACUCUUCUCCUUCUGCUAAUCAGAUUGCCCAAGCAAACGCGUCCGCCAUGUCGCCGACGCGGCAGCCGUCACGUCCAACCACGUCGCGGCAGCCCUCUCUCCUUCCUGCCUUUGAGCCUUUGUCCUCAUCCCCACCAGUCCAGUCGAACAAACGCAAAUUUCGAGACCUUGAAGAGUCCGUGAAGCAUUACCCCACCCCGAUUCCCACGUCUUCGACGGGAAUCCUACCCUCGUCCCCACCAAACCGCCCUUCCUUCCAGCGAACUUUAUCGACGCUAUCAGAACGUGCACCACUAGGCGACCUGCCUUCAGUCGAACUCCCCGCUAAUGGCGAUGUCAUACGCUUUGGCCGUUCGAGCAACUCGUCUCAGUACCAGCUGCCAUACAACCGGCACAUUUCACGCGUUCAUGUCACUGCCAACUACGAGGCCCCGAACGUUCAAAACGCGUCUGGCAGAAUAGUGGUCAAGUGCUUAGGCUGGAACGGGGCCAAAAUUAGGUGUGGAGGCGCGGUGCAUCAGCUUGAAAAGGGCGAUUCUUGGGUGUCAACACAGCCUUUGGCAGAAAUCAUGCUCGAUGUCUUGGAUUGUCGUGUCAUGAUAAAGUGGCCAGAUACACAGGAAAAACAGACCGGCAGGGAGACGCCGCAUAUCGAAAAUUGGCCAGAGGAGUCUCCUCGACGCGUUCUUGCCGGUCUAGGAGACGACGUUAUGCCUUCAAGCCCUCCAGCUAUGAUCCCUCGCUCGCCUGUCUCCCCUUCACCGGCACAAACAGCCCUUGCAGGAACUACUGGUCUAGUGACAGCAACAAACGAGUUGCAAGAAUCGCACCAGACAACUGUCGAGGUGUACGAAGACCCGAACUCCGACCACGUGCAGGAAUCAACAGAGCUAUCUACCAAAGCCUCGACUGUAAAGCAAGUGUUGCAAGAGAAGGUAUCUAGCUCAAGUUUGUCGUCAUUGAGCGCAGACGGUCUCUCUGACCAAGAGAACGAGGAAAAUGACCCUAUCGUGCACUCAUUUGGCCCGUUCGGAUCAAACCUGAUCAACCGUCUGAAUUCUUUCUCGCACACGUCUCCCCGUCCGCGUCAACCUCAUAAUCGCAAGCGUCCGCUCCGGGAAGCGUCGAAAUCGCCAAAACGCGAAGUUUCGUCGUCUGUGUCGCGAAAAAACAGCACAGAAAUUUUCAUCAAGGUGCAGGAAAGUCCCAUUAAAAACCAUGUCAUAAACCAGCUUGCGUUCUCACGCAUCCAUGCGAUCCCUCUGUCCACAAUUCACAGCAACCUGCCGGCUGAGCUACGUACUUGCGCGACUGCCACGAAUCCGAAUGCGUCACUGCCUACAUCGGAGCUGGAACGCUUGUUGCAUUCACUACCGUGUGUUGGCGAGAUUACAAGAGAAGGUAAGGAUGCGGCUGGAAAGCCAUUGGAGAACGAGUUUUACUACGUUCCUGAGAUGGACGACAAUACUAUGCGUAGGGAAGCUGUUCUUGGUAGCCGUGGAGGCACUGGUCUGCGUGCCGUUAGAAAGAACCACAAGCAAUACUACUGGAAAAAGCCACGCGUCUAGUCGCGACGCGUCAACCCGAAAAAAAUUUCCCCACAAACUUGACCACCAAUACAAUGACCCUACUUGCGAAUAGACGUGUAACCACGAGGUCGCACUGAGAUACCGCGUUUGAAUUUUGCAUUGUAUAUCAUAGCCCCUUUUUUAAGCAUGGCGUUGGGCAUUAGAUGGGCCAAGGCAUGCGCCAAAAAUGCGCAUGUAUAGCCCUCACAAAUUCGUAUACUUCACAUCGUUUCUGCAUUUGAACCCAUUGUUCUCCUACAAAAAUAGCGCAAGAAUUGAGUUUAUGGGCUGCAAUAGGCAAAAAGCUUUUGAGGCAUGAGUUGGGCGACUCGCAAUACGCUGCGUGUAAAGUGUUUUCACGAGAGUUGUGAGCCUGGAGCGUAUGACGAGAGAUGGCAGCGCGAGGGUGCGUCAUCACUGGAUAAGCUGAAACAUGUAUCAUUAGCAGUGUCUAUCGAAAGAGCUGAAAUCUGCAAACUUUGAAUAUCAA